GGAUAGAAAUGCAAGAGCGAUUGAGUGAAAAACUUAAGACCCUUCAGCGACGGCACAGCUCGAUGAUCAUUCAAGAUGAAGUUGUUUCUUUUACUUGUGGUCAUGGGAACAGUAUCUGCAGAGAUUCAAGAUCUUUCAGGAAAAAUGUUAACCUUCCCCCAGCAAACCAAAACAGCUCAUGCAAAGCUGAGGCCAAUUAAACAGGGUUACAACACUGUAACUGUCUGUCACAGAUCAUUUACAGACAUUAAGAGAGACCACGCCCUCUUUUCUUUAUCCACACCCUCUUCUCCCAACUCCUUCCUGAUUUUCUGGCAGAAUACAAACGGUCAAAUACAACCCCAUGUCAGAGAAGGAAAGGCUGAUUAUGGAGGAUGGGACUACAAGCCAAACAUGUGGCACUCCGUCUGCACCACAUGGGACUCUGUGACUGGACUGGUACAGAUAUGGUUUGAUGGGUUACCUUCAAUCAGAAAAUAUGUCACCACUGGAUCCAUCACCGGGUUAGCCGUGGCUAUUUUAGGACAGGAGCAAGACAGCCAUGGUGGGGGGUUUGACAUUAACCAGAGUUUUGUUGGCAUGAUAACUGAUGUCCACAUGUGGGACUACACCCUAUCUCCAUGUGAGAUCCAGCACUACAUGGGUGAACUGAGCUUCACUCCAGGAAAUGUGCUGAACUGGAGUGCACUAGAUUUUGAGAUUAUUGGCAAUGUGCUGACUGAAAAUAAAAUUACAGUUUGUCACUGAACCUCAAAAUAAUCAAGUUGUCGUACAAUCUUAAAUGAUCCUUGUUUGGAAAAAAAAAAGAAAUGGAUUAACAUAAUUCUUCCAAAUGUUGUUUAUUGACUUAAUUGUCAGAGUUUUGGAUAAUCACAUACUGCAACAGUUGCAAUUCCUUGUAUUUUGCAUCAUAAAGAUUUUUCUUAAACUGAAA